AUGUCACAUAUUGGUUACUAUCUCACGGCUCUUUUGAUAUGUGGUGUAUUUCACGAGGCAGGCCACGCGAUUGCAUCUUUCUCGGAACGUGUACCUAUUCAAAGCUCUGGACUUUUUAUCUCUUAUAUUUACCCUGGUGCAUUUGUUAAUAUACCUGAUCAAUAUCUACUUUUACUCUCUCCUUUUCGACAACUCAAAAUCAUCUGUGCUGGUGUUUGGCAUAACGUUGUAUUAUACCUAUUUACUUUGAUAUUACUUGGUGGUGGACUCAAAUCAAUAUUAGAAACUAGUGGUUGGCAAACAUUAGAAGGUAAUGGUGGUGUUAGUGUUGUACAAGUUCGAUCUCAAUCUCCUAUGGCUCCUCAUUUACCUGUCUCUUCUGUGAUAUAUCAACUUGAUGAUCGUGAAUUGGAACAUAAUAUUUUGGACUGGAAUCAUUUUUUAUUGGAUCCUCAAGGUCGUGAAAAACCUCAUCCUGGAUUUUGUGCUGUGAUCAAUGAUGAUGAUGAUGAUGAUGAUGAUGGUAAAAAACUUCCAUCCACUUUGGCAUGUUGUGAAAUAGAUGAUGAAUAUCCAUUUGGAAAAGCCUUGAAUGCAUCUAUUUCAUGUUUUCAAGAUUUUACCUCAAGCAUGUUAGACAAAACACCUGAACAUCUUUCAUGUUUACCUACUAUUCAAGUAUUAGGACCAAGACAUCCGGAAAGAUGCGAAAAUGAUGAUGAAUGUUCUGGACAGAACAUGCGAUGUGUAACUCCUUAUACACCUUCUCAAAGUGGUCAAGUUGUUCGUGUAUAUGCUCGUAUGCCAGAUUGGACGGAUCAAUCUGAUGAUCAAGAUAAAGUAUUUGUAUUUGAAGGCGAAUUGGUAGAUAUUUGGGAAAGUGUGAAAGUAGGUAUAUUACAACCGAAAUAUUGGUUUUUACCAGCAUCAUUACCUCAUAGAUCAGAACUUAUGUUAAGGUAUAUUAUAUAUAAACAUAAAUAG